UAAAAGACGCGGGGAAGCGGCGGGCGAAUUAGAACUGUUUUGCAAAGGGACGCGGUUGGAGUUCAGCUGUAGCGAAGCCUAACCUCGAAGAGACCACGACUGCGAGUGUCGCGGCCUCCGGCUGCCCCAGAUUCUGCGAACCAGCACCCAGCCCUGUCGCCCGCCCGCCCGCCCGCUUGGGCGCGGCUGGAUGCAGCAGGGGUCCCGCGCCAGCGGCCCUCGGCCCCCAACGCCCGAGUGCGCAGGGGCGGCGUGCGGGGCCCGAGGGCGCAGCGCCCUCCAUGCGCCGAGGCGUACCUCGAGACACGCCCCGAGACAGCCCGGGGCCCGCAUUGCAGCCGCCGCCCGCGCUAAGCCGGGGCGCGGCCCGCGGCCCUAGCUCUGCAGCAGCAUGAGCCAAGCCGAACUGUCCACCUGCUCGGCGCCACAGACGCAGCGCAUCUUCCAGGAAGCGGUGCGCAAGGGCAACACGCAGGAGCUGCAGUCACUGCUGCAGAACAUGACUAACUGCGAAUUCAACGUGAACUCGUUCGGGCCGGAGGGCCAGACUGCGCUCCACCAGUCAGUCAUCGACGGCAACCUGGAGCUGGUGAAGCUGCUGGUCAAGUUCGGAGCCGACAUCCGCCUAGCCAACCGCGACGGCUGGAGCGCGCUGCACAUCGCCGCUUUCGGGGGCCACCAGGACAUCGUGCUCUAUCUCAUCACCAAGGCCAAGUACGCGGCCAGCGGCCGGUGAUACCCACCCGGACCCCGGAUCCUGGCCCUCACCCGCGUCGUCUCUGCUGUACCUUCCCGCCAACUACCUCGGUGUGCGCCAGGUUUGCUGGUCCGCGUGGAAAUCGGGUUAGGUCUCUACGUCCGUCCGCGGCCACGACCAAAGUAGCGCGUCCGUGGCCCCCAGGGUUCGGCUCUCCGCAAGAGAGCGCCUCCCCUCGGCAGCCCUCUGAGCCCCGCGGGGCCCCUGAGCCUUCCCACGGCCCCCGACCGCCUAGAGGGUGGGGGCGGGGCGCAGGCUCCAGUACUGCAUUUUGAAAUUUGAGUCUCACACCGGGAGAGUUCGGAAUCCCGAGAUACCGGAUCCUCCGCUUGAAGUGUUUUCUUCGGAAGGUAAAAGGCGCGGGCGGACUCGCACUCCCGCUGCCGUUCGUGAGACCCGCCCGCUCGCAGUGCGGCUCCCGCCGCUGGCAGCCGCCAAGCAACCACUACCGGACUCCACCAUCUGCGCGCCCUCGCACUUAGGAAGGGGACGCUCCGGGUUCCUGAUGUCCUCAACUAUUUAUCACGUGUGUGUAUAUUUGUGGGUGAAGUUUGUGCGCCUGAGUUUUUUGUUUGGAAAUAUUGUGCGUGGUUAUGGGAGAAAGAUGCAUUUUUUUCCUUAAAACUAAAAACUUGAGUCUACCAUUUUUUUGGUUGCACUGAAAAUAUCGCCUAGCCCUAUGGUUUUCCCAUUGCUAGCCCCUCCCCCACCGAGUCUCUAAUCUUCCACACCUCAUUCCUCUGUUCCUCUCCCUGGAUUCUGAGUUUAGGGAGCCCAGGAUCUGUGUCCCUUUCCCCUCCCGUGAGAGGCCACCAUUCCCCACACUGGCUGGUUUAGCAAAGUUCCAAAGGGAUUUUGAAGCCCGCGUGGCUGGGACGUGGGGAUUCUGAGAGCAUGUUACCCUUCCUAGUGACUUCUAUUAUAGUUAAUAGUCGGUUGCACACUUUUUUAAAAAAGGAAAUGAAUUUGCCACGAUUAAAUGUCAUAACAUUUAUGACAGACUAUAAAAUAUUAACAUGUUUUAAAGCCAAGUUUUAGAUGUAUCUUUUGAAUCUUGGUUAUGAACCCAGUUUUAAAGGGCGUUGUCCAGCGUUGUGAAGGCUGUUGUGUACGCAUAUUUAUAUUUUUAUAAAAUUCCUAUAAAGACUGUGAAUCUCUCACGCUAUUGCUGAAUGAGUGGAAAGGCUACGGUGCUCUUUCUGCCUUCCCCAAUCCCCCUCCUUACCCUCAAACCCUGCUCCAAGGCCCUAUUAUGAUCUGAGGAUCCAGCCAUGAGGGAGGGGCUGUGCCUAGGACCAGGGCUGGAGGAGGGGCUGGAGCAUCACCGGCUGUCCCUGAAAGGAGACUUCCUGGUUUCUGUGGUUCCAAUUUUCUAUGCAACCCCACACCCCUUCUUGUUUUGAUCCUGGGUAAUAAAAGGGAGGCUGAAUUAUUCAAAUUUAAAUGAGGUUUCCCCUUCGUAGAAGUGCUGCUGACCCUGCGUGCAAAAAUGGGGAGCACUUGAGGACACAGGUGGGUGGAGCCCUUUGUGCCGCCUGGCCAUAUUCUUUGGUCUUCUGCGCUUUUAUGAACCAGUGUGGGAGGAAUAGUGAUAAUGUCGUGAAACUGGCAGACAUUGAGGCAAGCACGGAUUACUUCAAAAGGAGUUCUGUAUGGUUUUUCUACAUGCAAAUGCCUUUUUAAUUAUGUUAAUUAAUGUUAAAACUUCCUAGGCCUAUGUUGAAGCUUCAAAUGGGUCCUGGUUGGUCUCUUCUAUCUGUUUGAAGUCUGUGGCACACUCCUGAGCGUACGAUAUAGACUUGUAGCCCAUCGUGAAAAAUUUAUAAAUAAAUUUUUCAUUGGUCUUUUUAUAU